AUGACAUUGAUCAGCAGGAGGUCUGGACAAUGUACGUUCUGUACAUUUCGCAGCUUGAUAUGGCCAAGCUCUUCACCUCUCACAUCCAAUGGUAGAAGUUUCCAUCAGUCAAGGCCUGUGGCGAGGACGGUUCCACCGUCGCGCCGGAAGAAGCACUUGAAGCUUUCGGAGUCUUACGGAGUAUCAAAUCACAAUGGGGCGCCGAAAAACACUGAGGAACGGGCUAGGACGGCAUUUCGAAAGUUUGAAGAGAAGAUGGUGCAAGAAGCCCAAACACUGAAAAAAACACUUAUCAAUGGAACGAUAUAUGAGAAACCAGUGGGGGAGAAAGAAAUGGAAGGGUGGGGCGCAACAAGUAAAGAGGAACUGCUAAUCAAGCUUCGAGACUUUGAGGAUGUGAUAGCAGCGGCUGGCAGAAGAGCAACUGUAUUGGGCGAGAUUAAUAAAGCUUCAAAUCCUAUCUUCUGCAAACUUAAGGACGCAUAUAUCAAAAGAGAUAUUAGGGGCUUACAAGACGAAAUAAGACAUUCAUUCACCCAUUUCACACUCUCCGAUAAGUUUUCGAAAGAAGAAAUUGCAAGCCAACAGAGGCUAGCAGACUUUCGUUAUCCAAUUGAAUGGUACCCAGCGACACGAGCGAUGCAACGCACUUUCCACCUGCAUGUUGGACCCACGAAUUCUGGGAAGACAUAUCAUGCUCUGCAAAGGCUUGAGGCAGCCAAUAGUGGUAUAUAUGCUGGGCCCCUACGAUUACUAGCUCACGAGGUUUAUACGAGAUUCAAUGCCAAAGGAAAGCCAUGCUCUCUUAUCACUGGGGAGGAGCGUCGGAUUCCAGAGGGUGCCAAGGAUACCAUGAAGAGUUGUACCGUGGAGAUGGUACCUCUCAAUUCGAAAGUCGAUGUAGCAGUAAUCGAUGAGAUUCAGAUGAUUGGGGAUGAAGAACGUGGCUGGGCUUGGACUCAAGCAGUACUGGGAGUUCAGGCCAAGGAAGUACAUCUCUGUGGCGAAGUUCGAACAACUGAUUUGAUAAAAAAGUUAUGUGCAAUGAUGGGCGACAAGUUAAUCAUACACAAUUAUGAAAGACUUGGGAAAUUGCAGGUGAUGGCAAAGAGUCUCAUACCAAAACAAUCCGAGAGAGAUGGUCCACCUAGCAAAGAGAACCCGGUCAGCAAAUUAGAGAAAGGGGAUGCUGUCAUCCUGUUCUCGAGGAUGAAAAUCCAUGCAAUGAAAAACGCAAUCGAGGCACAUCAUAAAGGCAAACGAUGCGCUAUUGUUUAUGGAUCAUUACCUCCCGAGACCCGUGCUCAACAAGCCGCUUUGUUCAAUGACCCAGACAAUAAUUACGAUUUUCUGGCUGCCAGCAAUGCCGUUGGCAUGGGUUUAAAUUUAAGUAUCAAACGUGUCAUUCUUGAGUCUAUCAAGAGGAAUGAUGGCACAGAUUUCAUAACUCUCCCUCUCUCUGAAAUUAAACAAAUCGCCGGCCGGGCUGGGAGAUACAAGACGGCUCGAGAUGCCAUCGAAGCAGGGCCAAUCGAUGUCACAGAUGGCAUUCCAGCUAAACCAACGGAGCCUCCUGUUGGCCUGGUCACAACAUUCUACAAGAACGACCACGUGAUAUUAUCGAGCGCUAUGUUAAAAGAUGCAGCACAAAUGACAACAGCCGGAAUUUUUCCUCCUGCAAAUGUCAUCGAACGCUUCGCUGAGUAUUUCCCCAAGAAUACGCCAUUCAGUUACGUGAUAUUGCGACUACACGAGCUCGGUUCUUUAAGCAGCCAAUUCCACCUAUGUCAACUCAAGGAGCAAGCUGCAAUUGCAGAUGUCAUUCAAGAAUUUGAUCUUUCCAUUCGAAACCGCCUCAUUUUCCUCGCUGCUCCCGUGUCUUUGCGCGAUCCUGGAGUUGUCAAGGUAGUAAAAGCCUUUGCUCGUUGUGUAUCCAACAACACUGGUGGUCACAUUCUCAAUAUACCUGAGCUUAGUCUUGCUCUUUUGGAUGAUGAUCCCGACACUUUUACUUUGCAAUACCAACGAGAAGCGUAUGUGCGCAGUAUUGAAAAACUACACAAAGAUAUCACACUUUAUCUUUGGUUGAGUUACAGAUUCACAGGUGUAUUCCACAGUCAGGCCUUGGCAUUCCACAUUAAGGGGUUAGUAGAGGAGAAGAUUGAUUUAUGUUUGGCUAAGGCCGAGUGGCAAGAGAAAGCUAGAAUAAAGGCAAUGAAACGAAAUGUAGAGCUUUUGAACGCCCUUUCGGAGGAUAAAGGUGUAACAAAUGCUACGUCAGUUGAUGGACCUCUGGAGGAAAAUAUUACCAUAGAUGCAGGGGAGUCUUUACAUUCGAAGACACCGUUGAUGGAUGAUAUCUUGGGUAAUUCUAGGAUUUACUCGGAUGCCGAGGCUAACGGAGGGGCUCAAUCUGGAAUGCGGGAUGCCAGCGAUAAGAAAUCUGGCACUCUUAGAAUUCCACUACACACGAAACUUCGUGGACGUCAUGCAAGUCCGUGA